AUGUUGUGCGUGUGCCUGUCGAUCGUCAUCGUCGAUCGGGUUCGUAGAGAUCUGCAAGAUCUGCAUGCUGGGCAAAUGGCGAUAGGAUUUGACAUGAGGCGUGAAGAGCGGACAGAGGAGUGGCGGUUUGCACAUGCAGCGCGUAAGAACAUGGCGUCUGUGUUCGGCUCAUAUGUUGAGGUUAGCUGUUUUAUGUUCUUCUACGACGCUACGCUCAGCGAAGGCUUCUACCACGUAAUUAUAUUUUCGGAUUUCGACGUAUUCACAGACGUGUGGGUCAAGUAUCUACAAAUUUGGUAUCGUUCACUGCACAUCUAA